GGGGUGUAGAGGGAGGGGGGGGGAAAGCGUGUGUGCUUCGCUGCGCUGACAUUUUUUUGGCGAUGCCUCCUGUUACUCCGGCUCUGCCGCUCGCCAGCCCUGCUGCAGCCGGCGCUGCUCCUGCGCCGGCGCUGCUACUCCGGCCGCCGCCGCCACCGCUGCUGUCGUCCAACCUAGCUCGCUCCUAGCGCUGCUGCUGCCUCCGCCACCACCACCAGCAGCAGCACCGCAGCGGACACGGGGGAGGCGGAGGCGGAGGAGGAAGAAGAGGAGGCGGCGGCGGCAGCUGAUCCUCUGCCUCGGCGGCUGCCUGCCAUCCUGCUGCGCCGCUGCCAGACGUCAGGUGCUGCUCCGGCAGCGGGAGCUCAGCGGGGAUGAUCCUAGGCAGCCUGAGCCGGGCGGGCCCAAUCCCGGCCAUCCUGCGCCCACCACCUGCCAUGAUGCAGCAACCCCUGGAUCUCAAGCCCUUCCUGUCGUUCCCUAUGGAGGCGCAGCCGGCCGUGGGCCUCUUCGCAGGUUUCAACACGGUAAGGCCGUGGCUGCUUCCGGCCCAGGAGGUACAGGCUCGGAUGGACCCAGUGCAGAAAGCAGUGAUCAACCACACCUUUGGGGUACCCAUAGCCAAGGCCAAGCGCCCAAUCAUCUCUUGCAACGUCUGCCAGAUCCGCUUCAAUUCUGAGAGCCAAGCCGAAGCACACUACAAGGGGAACCGCCAUGCCCGGCGAGUAAAGGGAAUUGAGGCCGCCAGGACGCGGCAGAAGGAAUCAGGAGCCCGUGAGGGUGACAAACCGGGACCUGUGGGCAGUCCGUCCUCAAGCACCGGGGAGAGUGACUCUGACCGCACAGCCGAGCAACUGAACGGCAUCGGAGGUUUGGUGACGGUGCCCCCCGUCCCUGCUCCCACCUCUCCAGAUAAGCAGCCCUGUCUGGUGUCUCCGGCGGCAGCAGCGCCCCCGCCGCCCCACUCAGCCCCCUGCCCAGAACCUAGCCAGAGUUCCAAGAGCGGGCAAACCUGGGUGACGAAGGUGGGAGAGAUCUCUACGGCAACUGCAGUUCCAGCCACUUCAGGGGCGGCACCCAGUAGCAACGGCAACACCAAGCCUGACGAAGAGAAGGCCAAGAAGCUGUUGUACUGCGCACUUUGCAAAGUGGCUGUCAAUUCACUGUCUCAACUCGAGGCCCACAACAAAGGUACAAAGCACAAGACUAUCCUGGAAGCACGCAGCGGGUUGGGGCCUAUCAAGGCAUAUCCACGCCUGAGCCCCACCACUGGAGGGGAGCCAGGCAGCCAAGACCCCAGUGCUCAGGAGAGAACCUUCCACUGUGAAAUCUGCAAUGUCAAAGUCAACUCGGAGAUCCAGCUCAAACAGCACAUUUCCAGUCGACGGCACCGGGAUGGAGUAGCUGGGAAGCCCAACCCCUUGUUGAGUCGGCACAAGAAGCAGCGAGGCAUGGCAGAGCUGCAGGGCUCCCUGGCCUUCCCUAAGGAGCUUCCCAAGUCGCUGGCGGCCGGAUUGCUGCCCAAUCCGCUGGCUGUGGCAGCCGCCAUGGCAGCCGCCGCUUCCUCGCCCCUGACGCUGCGACCAGCCCCGACGCCCCCGCUCUUGCAGGGCCCGCCUCUGACGCACCCGCUCCUGCGCCCGGCUCCGGGGCCCAUCCGAACUGCACACGGACCCAUCCUCUUCUCGCCAUACUGAUGCCGCCCGUCCACCCACCUGCCUGCCACAAUCCCGGGACUCUUGGCACCACUGGAACCGCCCACCCCGGCAACUAGCAACAGGUCUCGGCAACGUCACAUGGCGCCCGGCCCCAUCCAACGGGAGCGAUUUUUUCUUUCCUUUCUUUUUUUGUUUCUUUUCCUCUUUUUUUCUUUGUAACUAGAGAUGGAAAUAUUUUUCUGAGAAGAGAAAAAGGGACAAACCCGCCCUCACACAAACACACACACACGCACCUGCUCUCAACCCCAUCGGGGUCCCUGGCCAAAUCUGCACAAGAGCCAGGGUCUCCCACAGGCUGGGCCAAGGUGUGUUUGUGUGCAUCUAUGUGUGUGUGUCAGUCACAUCUCCCGAGGUACACAAAAGGUUGGGGAGCGAUAGUGCCUCCCCAGGACUCUGUGGAGCAUCGAAAGGGGAGGCAGUUCUGGUACCUCAGGGACUGAUCAGCAAGCAAUCUCCUUCCAUCCCAGAGCUAAGGGGGGGCCCUUGCCUCCCCCACUCAUACAAGCCAUUGUCCACUUGCACUGAAAGGGGUUUGUGUGUGUGUGUGUUUGUGUGCACGGGACAGAAGACAGGGCCUCCGGAAGACAGAGCCCCUACUGCAAUAAUGCUGGCCGGCACCUCCAUGUACAUAUCCCCCCCCCGAUUCCCCCACGCUCCCCUGUGCUGGCCCCACCCUCACUGCGCUUCCAUGCAAUGGGGGCCCUCCGUGGCCCCACCACCGCUGCACCUCGACAAGAGACUGGCAGAGCAAUUACUGUGCUCCCAUUGCCCUCACCCCCCCCCAUUCCUCUAAGAGGCAGACAGACAUAAACAAACUCGGCAUCGUUUUCUGUUCAGAAGUGACAUCCACACACCUGAGUCAGACAACCGUUCCCUCCUCUACACCACCCACCCUCCCUAGGUAAGGAAAAUCAAGGGAAUCUGGCUGGGCUGUUUUUCUUCUUUUAAAGUUACGUUUCAUUAAAUCUGGAGGAAUCAGGAAGAACUCUGAAUUGAGAAAGUGAGUGUGAGCCCAUCACCUCACCGGGAAACCAUGUGAAGGGUUAUGGUUGUGUGUGUGUGUGUGUGGUGAUGAUGAAAAACUGGGACUCACACUGCUAUCUCACUGAGUAGGAGCAAGGGCUUUGACUCAUCUGACUGGGUCUGGGUUGUUAGCCUUGACUCUUGGCUCCUAAGUAAAGAAGAGCAGGGAUCUCUUCUCUAAAGGAGUUCCUUGCAUCUCGUUCUGCCUAUAGACCUUCCCUUUGGGUUAUUUGAGCUGUUGCCAUGGUAGCACAACAUCUCUCUGUGUCUCCUUCCCCCUCUGCUUUUUUUUUGACAGAGUUGGGUCCCCAUCCCUCCACCCCUUUCUUGAGUGGGUGGGACAUUAACCAGGAGGCCAGGUCAUUAGUUUCCUGGAUAUUAAACAGCCUCCUCCUCUCCAGGCCCCCUUCUCCUAAAGCCCAACCCCACCCGGAGCACAUAAAAUUCCAGAUGCUUGUUAAAUUCCCUGGCACGCAUCCUAGUUGGCGCCUAUCCGUGGAUUUUGCGGGUGUGUGUGUGUACAUUUGUGUGUGUUGAUUAAUGGAACAACGGAGGUUUGGGUUCGCUCUUUCUUACACACACACACACACGCAUGCAUGCACCAUGGUCUGCAGUUUCCCAUCUGCCCCAAGCAGAACAACAACGCAAGGCCCAGAAUAUGACCCCGUAGACCAGGGAGGAAGGUCUUCCAUGCCAUGGCCAUUAGCCACACUCCUCUCCCCUUGCCCCUUUCAAAACUGUGACUGACGUUCAGAGCAAUAGAGACACUGGCGUAUGUGGGGGGAAUGGGACCCACCUUCCCCCUAGCUGGCAUGAAUCACGCCAGUCCUGUCCCGCGUUACCUCAGUCCCUCAAAGCCCACAGGGCAAUCUGUCCCCCUCCCUCUGCCCAUCCCAGGUGUCCUGUUCACCCCAGAGUGUCUGUCUUUCCAUCUGCCAUCCUUCUGUCCAUGCUAGACUUUCUCCUUGCCCUCCCCCCCCGCCCACCUUUCUUGCUGACACCAAUGCCUUUCUGCUUCAUCCCAUAUAGCACCUUUGAUCCCUCUGCCCCUUGACGACAAUAAAAGUGAUAAGGCUU